AUGGGAGACUGGUCCAUUCUUGGCCGCUUCCUAACGGAAGUUCAAAACCAUUCCACGGUCAUUGGCAAGAUAUGGCUGACAAUGCUGCUCAUCUUCCGCAUCUUGCUCGUGGCCCUGGUGGGGGAUGCUGUCUACAGCGAUGAGCAGUCCAAGUUUACCUGCAACACCCUACAGCCUGGAUGCAAUAAUGUCUGCUAUGACACUUUUGCUCCUGUCUCACACUUGCGCUUUUGGGUCUUUCAGAUUGUUCUAGUGUCCACACCUUCUAUCUUCUACAUUGUGUAUGUCCUGCAAAAAAUCACCAAGAAUGAAAAGGUAGAGGAUAAGAAGGUUGAAGUGGUACCCAGGUCCUCUCCUUUACUUGAAAGAGACAAACACAUAGGCGGAGAUAAAGAGACAACACUGGAAGCCAACAGUCCUUAUAACACAUCCUAUGACAAUGAGGGGUGGAGCUCACAGGCAGGUGAGUGUGAGGAGAAGAGCCAGCUGGAGGAGGAUAUUAAGGAGGUAGGAAAGGACCCAACCCAGCUCUCCAGCCAAGUACUACUUAUCUACAUCAUACAUGUUUUGCUGCGCUCCAUCAUGGAGAUAAUCUUCCUCAUUGGACAGUAUUACCUAUUUGGAUUUGAAGUUCCACACCUGUUCCGCUGUGAGACCUACCCCUGUCCAAACAGGACGGACUGCUUUGUGUCUCGAGCAACAGAGAAGACCAUCUUCCUCAACUUCAUGUUCAGUGUCAGUCUAGGUUGCUUCAUCUUGAACAUUGUGGAGCUGCAUUAUCUAGGCUGGAUUUAUAUUUUCAGAGUAUUGUUCUCCGCAUGCUGUACAUGCUGUGUGUCAGAUAGAAAACCUGGGCAACAGGUGGAUUUGUACUCCGACAACAACCCGCUCUUGCUUGAGCUCAAACACUCUCUACGUGGCAGGGUCGUCUUGCAGACCACCUCUUCCGUGUCCCGGGACAAGAGCAGUGGUGUCCCAAACCAAGGCCCAGCCAUCUCCUUUGAGACAGACUCCACACUGGAGUGCUCUUCGAAGAGAAAUCCAGAUGAAAAGGAACGCAGCAAGAAUAGACUGCUCAAUAUAGCCAAAAUAGGAAGAGGGAAAAAGUCUUGGCUGUAA